CUCAAACUCUCUCCAGCUGCCAGAAGAGAACCACCAUGCGGCAGGCACACACCUCGGCAGCCCUCCGGUCUCCUUGCAGGACCCUUUUUGUCAUUCUUCUGGCCAGUGCAGUUCUAGAUGUGAUACGCCCCCAAAUUGUGGAACCACAAUCAAGCAAAAUCAGACCAUCCAUAGAUUUGAGACGUCCCCAAAUUGUGAAACCACAAUCAAGCAGAAUCAAAGCAUCCAUAGGGAAACCACUGGUAAUACCCUGUAAGGCAGACCCAGGAUUCCCUGAUGACUUCACCCUCAUCUAUUGGAUAGUCAACAGGACCUUCAUAGAGACGGCGUACCCAGAUGGGAGGAUCCAACAGUCUGAGGAGAAAAAUUUCAUGAAGGAUGGCAGUGUACUAAUACAGAGGGAUCUAACAUUUAAAGAAGUUGUUCAGGAGGAUUUGAGAGCCAGAUACACCUGUGUAGUGACCAGUGCCACGGGGAUUGACAGGAAUGUCUUCGUCCUGAAGUCAGCAAGUAAACACAAGCCAAGACAGAGCAACGAAAGCAGAAAGAGACGUUCAAAGAAACAGCUUUAAACUCCCAGAAGACUCUGCAUCUCAAAUGAAGUCAAAUUCUAAUCCACAAGGAAUGAUGUCAAAAGAAUUUCUGUAACUUACA